CGAAAUUUAGCAAGUGCUUUAGACACUAACCCUAUUCGGGUUGUUGAUAAUGUUAGUGUUGCACUUGAUUUUGUUGAAAGGUAAAAAUUGUGUUUUCCGGAAAGAAAAAUAAAAAAAAUAAAAUUUAAAAAAUUAAAAGAGGAAGUUUUAUUUUACCAACAAAACAGUACAGUUUAGCCUAUCAGUUGAGUAAAGAACGCUGUGAUUUAUUUUAUUUUGAAGAUGUAUUUCUUUAAUGAUUUUAAUACCGGAAAAAUCCCAAAUUGUAUAAAAUCGGAUGGAGUUAAUGGAGGGGGAUUAGCUACUUCUACUUCGUCGUCUUCUGGAGGGGAGGAUGAUAAUUAUGGAGAGAGUUUUUCGAAGCAAUUUAGUUCAAAUAGUGCUAGAGAUGCUUCUCGUUCUUUAGACAUUUUUGCAACAUUUGGAAUUUUUCUUAUCGCCCUUCUUGGAUUUGGACUUGCUUUUAUCGCAUUUAUUUUUGAAUUAAUUAUUCAUUCAAAAUCACAAAGAAUUCUCAGAAAAUGGAGAACCCGUCGAGCACUUAUUAUGGGGAAUCCUACUAUGCCUAUUAAUUUAAUGUUAAUUGCUAGGGGAUUUAAUGAAGCUAGACAACAACAGCAACAAAGAGCUUAUAAAUUUGGAGUAUCAACUUCCCUUUCUUCUACUGUUGCUGUUGAAAGAAAUGAAUUGUUAAUGAUUCCGGCAGAUUUGCUAAAUGCUAAGAAAGCUCCUCCCCGGUUAUCUAAAACUGUUGGUAGAAGUUGGUGGCGUCAUAAAGUUCGAGAAGGACAUUUAAACAAAAAUAAUAAUUCAACAUUUUCAAACACAAAUAGUUGCGGGGAUGGUGGGGGUAAUAAUAGUGUUGCCGAUAGUUGGGAUCGUCAACGAUCAGUUAUUUCAGCCCUCACCUUAGCUGCGAUUUCAAUACAAAAUGAGGAAAAACAAAAGAAGGAUAAAAUUGUGAUAAAUGAAGAAAAUAAAGAAGAAAAUGAGAUUGAAUUGAGAAAUCGAAAAGAAAGAAAAGAAAAUAGUAAUAAAGUUGCAACACAAAUACUGAAAUGUGGAAAUUGGGCGGUACUUACAAAUAAGAGUGAUGAUGUUAGUAUUAAAAAUGCUGAUGAAUAUUAUGAUUGUUCAGAACGUAAGUGGGCAAGAACUGCAUUUUGA